AUGGAUACAAAUACUUCUACUUUUAUCGAUGUUUCUCCACCGUCAUCGAUUAAAUCAGAGCCACCAACUGGAACGUUACAUAAUCCAGUGUAUCCAUCCGAUUUUCGUGAUCACAGUCCAUCAUUUCUCGAUAUGCUUGGUAUUCCGAUUGAAAGUGAUAUUAAUAAUAGUCAUGAUGGUCAACAAAAUUAUGCUAACGAUGGAAACGAGCAGAUGUUUGGGGGAUACUCAGCUCCUACCAUUCCCAUGUUUAUUAAUAUGGGCUAUCAGGAUAAUAUAGACGAUAUUGCAUUUGCCCCAACAACAACAAAUACGAUUUCACGUUCUUUAGCUUCCAUCGAUGUCGAAAAUUUACCCACAACUACGUCUACAAUUAGACAGCGUCCACAUUAUCAUCAUUUCCCACAUCAUCAACAAUUUAACAGAUAUCCGUAUGUUCAACGUGCACCAAGAAUGGUACGGCAAGCAACUUUACCAUCAAAUUUAGACAAUUUAGCUUUGAUCGAACAUUGUCCACAGCCACGACGCUCCUAUUAUGCAUUAAGACGACAGCGAAUUCCAGUAGCGCCUCCAAUGCCAAAACAUUUAUAUUAUUCCGGUCAUGCACAUUGGAAAGCGCCCGUUCCAUUGGAUGAUGAAGAAGAAGCAGAAGUUAGAAACAAAACAGAUCAUUUUUCACGUAUUGUGAUUGUCUGCUUGAAAGAAAUGUAUUGUCAAUAUUUUUCUGUAAUCUUGUGA